CCACCACCCCACUCACCCGGGCACCGCGACCCACCCCCAGUCUGCACACGGCUGCGUCUCCCAGAAGAGGGUGCUGAGCGAGUGUGUCUGUGCAGGGGGGGGUUGGUGCACACAGGACUGUGUCUGUGAGUGUGUGUGUGCCCAGUGGGUCUGUGUGCCCAGGACUGUGUGCGUGUGCAUGUCUUGAGCAGGUCUGUGUACAUGGGACCUGGUAUGAGCGUGCGUGCGUGUGUGUGUGUGUGUAUGUGUGCGCACGCGUGUGUCUGCCUGCCUGUGGGCAGGUCUCUGUGUGCAGGGCCUUGUGUGGGAGUGUGUAUUGGCAGCUGGCUCUGCACGCACAGAACCCUGCAUGUAUACACCCGCAUCUGCCUGUGGCCGGGUCUGGGAGCUGGCUCCGCGUUCUCUGCAGGGGUGGCAGGCCGGGAGGCAGGAGGGACACUCCUCAGGAAGUCCAUUAACAAAGACCUGGUGGGCUGGGCCUUCCUUCCUGCCUCCCUUCCCAGGCUCCAGCCACAGCAACUCGGCCCCUCGGGCUGGAGCUGGUGGCAGGGCCCAAGCCUGUGCCGGCUGCCUAGAAAGAAGGAGCCCUGGGAGAGCCACCCCCCUACCCUGCCCCUCCAACACCUCCAGACAGACUCUGGCCCGGUCCAGGCACUUCCUUGAGUCCCCCUCAUGCCUCACAUAUGUUCCCGCGUACCCCAAGGUCCGGGAAACUGGGACCUGUCAGGGCUCGGGGCAGGACAGCUGCUGAAGGAACACAGGCCCCGGGCCCUGGCUCAGCCUAAAGCCAGCCAGACCAGUUCGACGUGUCCGCAGGUCUUCACACCAGACCCCAUCAGCCUCCUGGGCCACCUCCCUGUCCCCACACCUGAAUCUCAGGGCAGCCCCAGUACCCCCGGCAGGGGCCUUAGCAGAGCCCAGUGUGGUGGUGAUGAGCCACCAGCCCAUGCCUAGGGAUGACCAGCCAGGCAGGCCCUUAAGCUGCGUGAUCCUCCAAGCCAGGCUUUGGGCUGCCUUCUGGAGCUGCUCUGCUUCCUCCCAGCAAAGGUCCAGCUCAGUCCUGGGCCUGUGAGAGGGUUUCAGUGGGGCCUCCUGCCCCCAAAUGCUGGCUCCAGGCUUCUGUGUGUCAUGGGGAAGGGCGGCUCAGAAUCCAACUUCCUAGUGUUGUGGACACCCCCCAGCUGAGGGCUGGGCUGGGAGAAGUGCUAUUCCCCUUCUCGAUCCCCACCAGCUGGGCCUGUCCUUGGCCCUUAGUGGAGGGAGGGAGGAAGGGAGGGUGGCUCCUUUGGGUCCUGAUUAGAACCAUGUGGCCAAAGUCUACCAGGGAGGGGAGCAGCCCUACCUCCUGCUCAGUUCCGUCUGUAGUUCCCCACCUUUUCUGGUUUCUCUACCCUCCACCCUCACCUCCACCCCAGGAGCCCACCCACCCCAUCUCUCCUGCCCUUCUCUCUCUGCACUCAGUCUCCCCCACCCCCCAUAAUGCUUCUCUGUCUCUCCCCUCCCCUGCUGCGUCUGAGGGAUGCUGGGGAGACGAGGAGUCACCAGGCUCCAGCCCCGAGCGGUCCCCCGUGCCCAGCCCGCCUGGCUCCCCACGAACCCAGGAAAGCUGUGGCAUCGCCCCACUCACACCCUCGCAGUCUCCAAAGCCCGAGGUCCGGGCCCCCCAGCGUGCUCCCUUCUCCGUGGUGGUGGCCAUCGACUUUGGGACCACCUCCAGUGGCUACGCCUUCAGCUUUGCCAGUGAUCCUGAAGCCAUCCACAUGAUGAGGAAAUGGGAGGGCGGGGACCCAGGAGUGGCCCACCAGAAGACCCCCACCUGCCUGCUUUUGACCCCGGAGGGCGCCUUUCACAGUUUUGGCUACACCGCCCGCGAUUACUACCACGAUCUGGACCCUGAGGAGGCGCGGGACUGGCUCUACUUCGAGAAGUUCAAGAUGAAGAUCCACAGCACCACUGAUCUCACCCUGAAGACCCAGCUAGAGGCUGUAAAUGGAAAGAAAAUGCCUGCCCUGGAGGUGUUCGCCCAUGCCCUGCGCUUCUUCAAGGAGCAUGCCCUUCAGGAGCUGAGGGAGCAGUGCCCAUCGCUGCUAGAGAAGGACACUGUGCGCUGGGUGUUGACGGUGCCCGCCAUCUGGAAACAGCCUGCCAAGCAGUUCAUGCGGGAGGCUGCCUACUUGGCUGGCCUGGUGUCCAGGGAGGACGCAGAGCAACUCCUCAUCGCCCUGGAGCCAGAGGCCGCCUCUGUCUACUGCCGCAAGCUGCGUCUACACCAGCUCUUGGACCUAAGCAGCCGGGCUCCAGGCAGUGGACGCCUGGGUGAGCGCCGCUCCAUCGAUUCCAGCUUCCGGCAGGCCCGCGAGCAGCUGCGCCGGUCCCGCCACAGCCGCACGUUCCUGGUGGAGUCUGGCGUCGGAGAGCUGUGGGCAGAGAUGCAAGCAGGAGACCGCUACGUGGUGGCAGACUGCGGAGGAGGCACUGUGGACCUGACCGUGCACCAGCUGGAGCAGCCGCAUGGCACCCUCAAGGAACUGUACAAGGCAUCUGGCGGCCCCUACGGCGCGGUGGGCGUGGACCUGGCCUUUGAGCAGCUGCUGGGCCGCAUCUUCGGCGAGGACUUCAUCACCACCUUCAAAAGGCAACGGCCGGCAGCCUGGGUGGAUCUGACCAUCGCCUUCGAGGCCCGCAAACGCACGGCGGGCCCGCACCGCGCAGGGGCGCUCAACAUCUCGCUGCCUUUCUCCUUCAUCGACUUCUACCGCAAACAGCGAGGCCACAACGUGGAGACAGCCCUGCGCCGGAGCAGCGUGAACUUCGUGAAGUGGUCCUCACAGGGGAUGCUCAGGAUGUCUUGCGAGGCCAUGAACGAGCUCUUUCAGCCCACGGUCAGUGGGAUCAUCCAGCACAUAGAGGCGCUGCUGGCGCGGCCCGAGGUGCAGGGCGUGAAGCUGCUCUUCCUGGUGGGCGGCUUUGCGGAGUCGGCCGUGCUGCAGCACGCGGUGCAGGCGGCGCUGGGCGCCCGCGGCCUGCGCGUGGUGGUCCCGCACGACGUGGGCCUCACCAUCCUCAAGGGCGCGGUGCUGUUCGGGCAGGCGCCGGGCGUGGUGCGCGUGCGCCGCUCGCCGCUCACCUACGGCGUGGGCGUGCUCAACCGCUUCGUGGCCGGGCGCCACCCGCCUGAGAAACUGCUGGUCCGCGACGGCCGCCGCUGGUGCACCGACGUCUUCGAGCGCUUCGUGGCCGCCGAGCAGUCGGUGGCCCUGGGCGAGGAGGUGCGGCGCAGCUACUGCCCGGCGCGGCCGGGCCAGCGGCGCGUGCUCAUCAACCUGUACUGCUGCGCCGCCGAGGACGCGCGCUUCAUCACCGACCCGGGCGUGCGCAAGUGCGGCGCGCUCAGCCUCGAGCUGGAGCCCUCCGACGGCGCGUCCCCCGGCCGCCGCGAGAUCCGCGCCGCCAUGCAGUUUGGCGACACCGAGAUCAGGGUCACCGCCGUCGACGUCAGCACAAAUCGCUCCGUGCGCGCCGCCAUAGACUUUCUUUCCAACUGAGCGCGCGGGCGCCGUGCCAGCCCCAUCCCCACCCCGUGCCAGGCCCCGCCCUGUUGCGUGCGGUCGGGGGGUUGGGGGGAGGGGGGAGUCUGGGGCGCUGGCUCGCGUGGACCGAGCUGCUGGUUCUGAAGUCAGCGCCUCUUCCCCCGCCCUCCUGUCCGGGGAGAUGAGGUCGCAGGAUGGGUAGGGACAAACUCUCGCUUUGGAAUUGGGCCCGGGUCGGCUGACUGGAAGGCCGAAGAGCCCUGCCAAGGGCUGAGAUCAAAGAGUCAGAAGAGGUUCGUAAGACGGUGCGCCCACAAAGGGGCACGUGACCCCGAAGGCAGAUUGCAGCAGAAGACCAAGCCCUGGCCUGAACUGGGGGGUGGGGGGGUGGGAAGUGGAGGCAGCUGGGAGAGGCGGAGCAGGGCCGCUGCAGGAGGGGCAGCAGGAGGACAGAGGAUGUGCAGGGCUUGGGCCUGAAGGGCCCAGUACAUGGAUUGAUAGGCUCAGCCAGCACAGGGCGCUGGGCAAAGAGGCCCUAUGGUGCAGAAAAAUGGCUGGAGGCUAGCACGAGCAGCACAGGGGUACAGGACCUUCCCGGGUGUGGUACUGACCAUCCAGGUAUGACUUAAUUUUUAAACUUUCUCAAUUAACAGGCUAAAGAGGAGGAUGCAGGAUGAAGGCACUUAUGAGAGGAUGUAGGGGGAGCUUGCUGGGGGGGGCCUUCCUUCAGGACAGAGAAUUCAUCUGAAGAAGCCCAUGAAUGACCCACGUGCACCCUAUCCCAGCCACCGAAGGGCAGUGGGGUUUGGGGGGGGCUGUCGAGAGACAGAAGGAGAACGAAGGGCUGAUCCUGGAUCUGCCAUCAACUCACUAUGCCAUUGGGACAUUCCCUGCCCACCCCUGACCUGCAACUGCCCCACCUGCCUGAGAACCCUAAGGUGACAAUAAAGCAUUUGUGCCUAAGGUGAAGGUAUA